AUGACUGCAAGCUCUGCCCCUGCGGCUUCGCUGUUAAAGCGACAGCUCAAGGAGAUGCAGGCGGGCAAGGACAUUCCUGGAAUCUCAUGCGGUCUUGUCAACGAUAACAACAUCUUUGAGUGGGAAGUGAUGCUCAUGAUCAGCGACGACUGCAAAUACUAUGGCGGAGGCAACUUCCGAGCCCGUCUAUCAUUUCCCCCGACUUAUCCGCAUAUGCCUCCGUCUCUCACCUUCCAGGAUCCGAUUCCCUUCCACCCAAACAUCUACGAAAACGGAAAGCUCUGUAUCUCCAUUCUACACCCUCCCGAGGACGAUGAGUACGGUUACGAAGAUGCCUCUGAGCGCUGGAGUCCUGUGCAGACGCCCGAGAGUAUCUUGAUCAGCACUAUCAGUCUCUUCCAUAGCCCCAACGACGAGAGCCCUGCCAAUGUAGAGGCUGCGCGGAUGUUUCGUGAGGAGAGGGAGGGCAAGCACAAGGACUUUCGAAGACGUUGUAGAAAGUGCGUGAGGGAGAGCCUCGGAGAGGAUUAA